GCAAUACCCCAGGCCCAGCUACCAAUUUCGUAUUCUCCCUUCAAAUUUACUUAUUACUUUUUGCUUUUGCUAGAGUUGCGCAGAAAGUCGCAGUUUUGAUAGGGCCGGUCGACAAUAAAGUCUUGGGUGGUAGAAAGCACCAUGGCUCCAGCCCACGGUAAAAGAGCAAGUCGAGCAUGCGACCGGUGUCGACGCCUCAAGGAGCGGUGUAAUGGAUCCGCACCCUGUGCAAGAUGUCAAAAGAGCGGCUGCGAGUGCCUCUUCACCAAAGAUGUCAAGCGGCGUGGUCGACCACGUAAGGCAAACAACAGAUUCGCCAGUUCAGAAUUGCCCGUGGAUCCAAUAUUCUUCUUUGACGUGGAGCGAAUCCGUGCUUUAGAGCGGGUUGUGCUUUUCUUCACGGGAGUUGACCAUCUCAGCAAAGAGAAUCUCCAAGAUGUCCUCGAUUCCCUUCCAAACGAGACGGAUGAGCCAUCACCUGAGCGUCCGGUUCAUCCACUGGAAAAUGAAAACGCACAGGUGGCAUCACCAACGAUUACUGACUCUGAGAAUUUCUCUCAUUCAGAAUUCUCUCAACGGCUUCAGCAGACAGUCGCCGCUAGACUCGAAGAGAGUUCGACUAUCAUGAGUUCUUCCGUGAGCACAAUAUCCACCGAAGCUUCUCCUUUGUCGCAGCUACUCUCUCAUAAUGUCGUUAUUGUUGACGUCGUAUCUUCAUUUCCAACCCUCGAUACCGCAUUGUCUCUGAUCAGCAUAUUCUUCGAGUUCGGUCAAAUGAACUACUUUUAUCUUGAUGAAGCUUCUCUACGAUCACAGCUCAUCGACUUCUUUGACUAUUCUCUUCCUUUGACCACACAGGAGGCCCCUUGGGUCUGCACUACUUUGAUGGCGUUUGCUAUUGGGGCCCAGUUUGCACAUCUGAAGAACGCAAAUCGAUCUCCAAACCAGGAUUCUCGAGUCGAAGAUGUUUUCUUAGAUGACGCUCUCGCCUUAUCAUACUAUCGCCAAGCGUCGAGAUUAAUACCAGAUGUUCUUGUGUUAGCAACACCGGAAAGUGUUCAGGCGCUGUUGUUGCUGGGUUUCUACGUUCUCCCGCUCGAUGAUGCUGGUCUCUCUUCUACCUACUUUUCCAUGGCUCUCAAGAUCGCGACACAAAACGGCAUGCACCUGAAUGAUCUCACAAAAUACACAGCACGAGAAGUUGAGGUUCGAAAGAGGAUAUGGUGGACUACUUUCAUGCUGGACAGGCGCAUAUCUGUCUUCCAUGGAAAACAUAUAACCAUCAUGCGAUCAAACCUCCCCACCUUAAUGCCAUUUGCCAGUGUUGAAAUGACCAAUUGCGGGCGGGUCGAUACGCUUCAAAAUACAACGGCUAUGGUACAUUUGACCAACAUGCUCGAAGAUUCUCGGGAUGCAAUAUUUGGAAUUUGGGAUGCAGAAGCAUCUCGACGGAGCGAAAAGACUCAGAGGGCCCUCGAGAUUCGGGACCAACUUUUCGCAUACUGGCAAGACCUACCCAACGAAACAGUUUGCAAGGAUCUUACCCCCGAUAAACCACUCUUUCGACACAAUGUUCACCUCGCCCUCACUUACCACAGCGUCCACAUAUUUAUUGGCCGAUCCUUUAUUCUACGUCGAUUGUAUAACAAGCCAAAGGAACCCAAUAAGUUGACUAAGUCAGAAGCCGACCUAGUUGAAAGUUGCAUCCAGAGCGCCGUGGCUUCGAUUGAAUUGUGCCAGAAGCUUGAGGAUGAGGUUAGGUUGUCAAGGUCCUCUUACAUCGAGUUUACUUGUUGCCAUGCGGCAGUCUCAGCCCUUGUAGCAGAGUCCAUCUCCAGCAAGACAUGUCAAUGGAAGAGUGUGACCAAACAAGGCCUUGGUUUAUUGCGAACCAUGCUAGUUGGUAUCUUUUCCCGAACAGGUGAAAGGAAGGCUCUGGAGAUACUGGAAAUGGCAGUCGAACAGCUCGUUGACAACCACGACCGAGAGACCGCGGAAAUAUCGAGCGGCAACCAGUACGAGGCGUUUCUCAAAUGGGUUGAGUUUGAGCACCAUGUCCCGAAUCGCAUGAUGUUGAGCACUAUGAGGUGUGAAGGAGUGACACCUGUAGCCGGUGUUCCUUCCCCUAGCCGAUGGGAUGUAGAAGGGCUUCUAAACUCCUCCACAGAAAGCCACAGUUGAGCUAAGGAAUUAAUAUAGAGCAGGGAUAUUGGGGGUUUAGUAAUGGAGUAUUACUAUUCGCAUACAAAACAGACUCUUUCAUG